AUGGCUUCCCAGCUCAACCACAAGGGCCUCAACACCAAGGCCACCAAGGACACCGGCCUCGAGGCUGGUACACAAGGUCAAACUCGUGUCGACAUGGUCAGUGCAGUCCCGGCCAUCAAGAGGAUCACAGCCGCCAAGAAGACCGAUUCCGAGGCAAAGGUCAAGGCCGAGAGUGAAAGCGAGGAAAGCGAGGGAGAUGAGAAGGGAGAGGAAGGCGAAGAGACCACGAAUGCCAAAAAGGUCGCACCCACCUUUCAUACCUUCUUAUCCAAACUUCCCCGCGAGAUCGGCGCCAUGAUCAUCGAGUUGGCGGCCAUCACCGAACCCGCCAUCGCCUACGGCCACUGCAGGCUGAAGAUAGGCGCCACGAUGGCCCCCGUCGUGGCCACGGGCGCCAAGGGCUCCCUUUCCAAGUUCAAGAAGUUGGUCUGUCUGGGAAAGCUCCUCCCGGACUUCAAAUGCAACAUUGAGCGCGGCUCUGGAGUCCCCCUUAGCGACGCCCUCGCCAAGGACCCACGUCUCGGUAUCCGGAAGGACAUGGACCUGAUGGUCUUCCUUUUCGAAAAGAACGACCUCGAGCAAUUCAAUUGGGACUCCCGCUCACAGCGUAGUACAAACCGUGCCAAGCUGGCACCCGGGAUCCUCAAUGUCGGCGUCCACUACGACCUCACUGACGGCAAAGGCCUGGCGUGCAACUUCUGCGCUUACCGCAUCUGCAGCCUCUGUCCAGCGAGCCUUUGCCCAAGGCAGCUCGCAAUAUUCGCGCAGAACUUGGGAGACGUCCACAACAUCUUCAUUCUCGCCCGCUUGAAGUCGGCCGACGUUGUGGGUACUAGCCGAAGCAAGCACAUGAAUCUAAUGAAGACGCUCAUUGCCGACACCAAGCACCUGCCUCAGCAUGUGUCCUUCAAGGACUCGGAUAGGACGUGGGUUGAAGUAAGCAAAAUGUCCCCAUCUGGUACCAAGGAUCUCAUCGACAGUAAUGUCCUCGGUUGCGCCCUUCGCCUCAGCCAAAAGGCCUUUAGGGUCAACAACAGACAGAUUGCCGCCAUCGUUGGCCGCAACGCCCGUCGCAACAUUCGCUUCCGCGUCCUUCUGGGUUCCUACUGGAAGGAUGCCACUCUGGGACUCUGA